GGGAAUGCCGGGGGCGGGCGGAAGCUGAGCGUGCGCUCGUGCGGCGCUCCCUCCGCUUCCGGUUUUCCUCCUCCAUUAUCCGUUUGCCGCCUCAAUUUUUUUCCGGGGAAAAAAACUCCGCUUCCUGAAGCCGAUGGGCGCCGCCGGUCUCCCGGCACCGGGAUGGGUGGUGCAACAGUUCGGGCAUAGUGCUGAUAUCAAAAUGUUUGGUUCAAAUAUGGCUCUCCAUAGAACCUACAAGGCAUUCUGUUUUCGAUGCUUUGCUACCAAUGGGCGUGGCUUUGGCGCGGAUUCGACUAAUAAGAGAAAAAUUAAAAGCAAGAAGAGGCCUAAAGAUGUUGGAGUGGAACCAAGGCUGUUGUUCAAUUCCUCCAAUAAGGUAAUAUCUGGAAAUCCAAAGAAUAUGGACCAAUGGGUCCCAGAAUUAAGAACUGGAAGCGAAAACAGAUCUGGUAAACAAGUUUUGGAUAAGAAAUUUCUGGAAAAAGUGGAAGCAGUUAAAAGGUCUGCACUUGAGAAAAAGAAAGCUGAAGAGAACAAAGAUUAUCAAGCUAUUGAUUAUGAUGCUCCAAUUGAGUCAGAUAAAAGUACAAUUGGCUUUGGUACAAGGGUCGGAAUUGGUGUUGCAGUUGUUGUCUUUGGACUAGUCUUCGCUUUUGGGGAUUUCCUUCCUUAUGGAAGUGUUAGUCCUAGCAAAGAAAGUGCAGUUGUUAAACAAAAGCUUUCUCAAGAGGAAGAAGCAAAAUUUAAGGGUGCACUACAAGGUUUUGAAGCCACACUGAGCAAGUCACCUAAUGACCCUACUGCUCUUGAGGGUGCGGCAGUAUCAUUGGUUGAACUAGGUGAGUAUGAAAAGGCAUCAACGUUUCUUGAGAAGCUAGUUAAGGUAAUCCCUGAUAAAGCAGAAGCAUACCGUUUACUAGGUGAAGUAAAGUUUGAGCUGAAGGAUUAUGAAGGGAGUUCAUCGUCAUACAGAAGCGCUUUAUCUUCAUCAGAUAAUAUUGACUUUGAAGUUCUCCGUGGGCUGACAAAUGCAUUACUUGCUGCUAAGAAGCCAGAUCAGGCAGUUGAUGUAAUUCUGUCAUGCCGUCAAAAAUUAAGUGAAAAGAGUCAAACACGACUUGCUGAUUUGGAGGCUGCAAAUGACAAUGGUGGCCAGAAGCCUCAAGAUAUUGACCCGAUCCAAGUUGACUUGCUUUUAGGGAAGGCUUAUUCUGAUUGGGGCCAUAUCAGUGAUGCUGUUUCCGUCUACGAUAAGUUGAUCACUGAGCAUCCUGAAGACUUCCGUGGUUAUUUAGCGAAGGGAAUUAUAUUGAAGGAAAAUGGUAAAGAAGGUGAUGCAGAAAGAAUGUUUAUUCAGGCCAAAUUCUUUGCCCCAGAGGCAGCAAAGGCGCUCGUUGAUCGUUAUGCACAAAGAUAGUUGAGGAGAUAUGUAAUGGUCAGUUUUGGAUCAUUGAAAUCAUUCGGUCCAUUUGUAGGUGCAAAUGUAGGAAACUCUGAGUGAUACCCACUGCGUGCCAACCCGUAGACACAGCCAAAUGGGACAAAGCGAAUAUAUUUGUCAGCAAAUAGAUCGCGGUCGUAUUGGCACGGACGACCAACAGCAUGUUAGGGACUUCUUGUAUCAUAGCAAUAUAAAGGAAUCUGGGACGUUUUGUAUUGUAUUAUUGCUAAGUUGUUUGAAGCAAAAGUAGAAAAAAGAACACCUUGGAUAAACAUUUAAAUAUGUUGGAACAAAUUACGGUCCUGCGUUCAAUUUUAUGCCUGUGGCGUCUUUCCUUGAAUAGUAACUAGGGGCUUGUAAUUUCACGGCUGCUGUUAAAGUACAGUUGCAUUCCCUGUGCAAGACAACAGAUUUCAGUUG